AUGGCCUACAUAUCGCUGAGCAGACGAGACACCAAUGUCCUUGAGAAAAUCAAAGAUCCCGAGUUGGACCCCUCCUCAGCCAUACAAAUCGAUGCCAUUCUCCAAAAGGAUCCCCACAUCCUAGAUCAGCAGGAAUACGCCGAGCUUUCCCAGAAGGAACGUGACAUCAUCUUGGCUAUCCAGGGCCUUGAGUUGCAGAGCGCCGUGCCUCGGUCCAGGGAGAUGCCCGAGAUUGAUAUUGUCGGGGGGUACCGUCAAUGUGUUUCGAGGCUCGGGAGCCUCAUUGAUGACCAACCAAAGUAUGCGAGCGCAAGAAAUAACCGGGCGCAGGCACUUAGGCGACUGUGCGGCGAUUGUAUGCUGGUCACGGGAGCGCCGCAGCCCCCGCAAGCACUACUCCGCCAUAUCGACGACGCUGAGCGACAGGAGAUGGCCCAGACUGUGUUGUGCGACCUCGAUCGCUGUAUAUCGCUCCUUACACCGAGCGAGCCCCAUUCCAAGAUCUCGCCGCAGACCGCGAGAACCUUGUCCAUGGCGCAUACCCAGAGAGCUGCAGUAUAUCUCGCGACCUCCAAGCUGAUAUCCUCCAAUCCCGUAUCGAUUGACGUGGAAAGACGCGAGUUAAGAUGGACGAAGCUGGAUUUCGAGGAAAACGCGUCGCGCGAUUUUGCAAUGGGCGGCAGGUAUGGAAAUGAGAUAGCAAAAGGCCUCGCCGUAGCUACAAACCCGACAGCCAAGCUCUGCGGGCAGAUGGUGCGAGAGGCGAUGAAGAAGGAAUACGGUCCCGACUUUCCAGUAUGA